AUGUUUUGGUNCCGUAUUGGAUUGUAUGAACCUGUAAGGAUUAAUAUUGAAUUUCAAAGAUGCGUGAUUUCUUCUGUGGAAAAGAUUUCAAGGGUGAUCCUCCCCUGUCUAAAAAGAUUUACGCAGGUCUGGCCACAGGUGGAAUUGGUAUCUCAAUCGCAAGUCCAUUUGAUGUGAUAAAGGUGAGAUUUUAAGUCGAUGGAAAUCUUCCAGUUGAAUAACGUCGUUAUAAGAACUUGACAGAUGCAUACAUUAAGAUCUACAAACAAGACGGGUAAUAGAUAUUUUAAGAAUUUAAGGUUGCACGGAUUUUGGAGAGGAGUAACUCCAAACAUCAUCAGAAACGCUGUGAUCAAUUGUGCUGAGUUAGCCACCUUUGAUCACAUCAAGGAAUCUCUAAUUAAAACCGGGUUAUUCCAUGAAGGUUUAGCAUGCCACUUUGCCUCAAGUGUUUGUGCAGGAUUCAUAGCAGCAGUUGUUGGAUAGCCAGUUGAUUUGAUUAAGACAAGAGUUAUGAAUCAAAAUGUUGGUGUUUUAACAGUUGUCAAGAACAUCAUAAAAAAUGAAGUAAGAAAUAUCAAUCUAUUAUGAAUAGGGAGUGAUGAAUCUAUACAAUGGAUUUUCUGCAAAUGCAGGUAGAAUUAUCACAUGGAACAUUUGCAUGUUUGUUACAUUAGGUUAAGUUAGAUUAUUUGCAUUAAAUAAUUUCUAUAAGUCACCUGAAUGA